CGCCGAAAAACAGUUCCGGUAGCGAUUAAGCAGACGAAAACAUCCAACAUCACCAUGGAGAAGAUGUUCCUUGAUUGAUGUCAAAUGAUGAGACAAUUCUUGUCGUUCGGUAGCAGCCACUGUUGAACAGUCAUGGAAUUUGCUUCAGGUAGAUCACUUGAUAUCUACGUCAAAAAGAGUAUUCUGAGCAUCUCCAAGAAGUUAGAGAUUAUAAUGCAAACAACCUGGGGGAUCCAGUAUCUUCACGAUUUUCCAGCCAUUUACAGAGGUAUUGCAGCAAGAAAUUUCUUAUGGUA